GAACCUCCUUUACUCUCUCUCUCUCUCUCUACUAUAUUUUUAAAUCUUCACUAACUAAUCACUUUACCAACGUUUUCAAAAUUUGAAUUAGUUAGUUGCUCUCAUCUGCUUUAAGCCAUGGCCGAUAAACAAGCCCAAUUGAACGGCGCUUACUACGGCCCCUCCAUUCCGCCGCCGACGAAAAAAUCCUACCACCGCCCGGGCCGUGGCGGCGGCGGGGGUUGCUUCAGCUGCUGCUGCGGCUGCAUCUUCAACUGCAUCUUCGGCAUCAUCUGCAAACUCUUAACCACCAUCAUCAUCAUGGUGGCCAUCGCCGCUUUUCUCUUCUGGCUCAUCGUGCGUCCCAACGUGGUCAGGUUCUACGUCACCGAUGCCACACUCACCCAAUUCAACUUCACCAACAACAACACCCUCCACUACAACCUCGCCUUAAACAUCACGAUCCGUAACCCAAACAAGAGGGUUGGGAUCUACUACGACUACAUCGAAGCACGCGCGUUGUACCAGGAUGUUCGGUUCGAUUCACAGACACUCGGAACCUUCUUUCAGCACCACAAGAACACUAGUGUUUUGAACACUGCUUUCAAAGGACAACAAGUGAUGAUCCUCGGCACCGACCAGACUUCGGAGCUGAACAAGGAUAAGAGUUCUGGGGUUUACCAUAUCGAUGUGAUGCUGUUCCUCAAUGUGAGGUUCAAGAUGGGUUUGUUCAAAUCCGGCAAGGUCAAGCCCAAGAUUCGUUGUGAUUUGCAGGUUCCUCUCAAAUCACACAACGGAACCUCGCCGGCCGGUGGGUUUCAGACCACCGAGUGCGGCUGGGAAUACAGAUGGAUCCAUUAGAUCCGACCCGAAAAUUAUUGGUUUUGAUCUUUAUCCCUUUUUUAGUGUGAUUUAUAUUUCCUUGAUUAGACUAUAGUAUUGGAUUGUUACUAGAGGCUGGUUAUGUUAUGAAUUUUAUAUUUUAAUUAUUAUUGCUACUAAUAGAUAUUUUGCAUAAC